AUGUCUUUUAUCGUACCCAAAUCAGACUGGUUAGCAAAACUCAGCUCAGGCUCCUUUGGAAGAAGUCGGUGGCGUUCCCGAUAUUUCGUCUUGUUGGAUUCCGAAUUACGCUAUUAUAAAGACGAGCACACUGAUAGUGCAUCAUCUACUCUCAGUCUACGCGAUGUUUCUAGAGUAGUUGCCUGUUCAUUCCCCAACCACCCAUACUGUUUCCGUCUCGAACCAAAUCUAAACGCUCCCAUCCAAGACAAAGACUCAUCUCUGCCACCAUGGACCAUAGAGUGCAAUUCAGCAUUCGAUCAAGGAGCCUGGGUAGAUGUGAUCCAGUACAGACUCGCCCGUCUAUCAGUCAUCAGAGUACCAGUUUCUCCAGCCCAAUCAAGACCAAGACAACGACCUUUCGACACCUUUUUGCGUAUGAUCAAAACAUCUUCUUCAUCAUCAUCAUCAGCAUCAGCAUCACCACGCCACACUCGUCAAAUUCGAGCAACUCAAUUAAACCAUCAACCAAUCAAAGACAUUCCACUAACCCUACAUAUUCAACCAAUUCGAUCCAAAGACACUUUCGAACAAGAAGAAGAAAAUAAUGCUUAUCUAUCAAGCGAGAUCAUACCCAUACCUCGUCCUCAGCCAAGAUACCCUCCCUCCCUCUCUCGCCGAAGAGGUGUCUUGCUCUCCCCACUUACUACCACCAGACCAUUACCUUGCCUUGAUACACCUUCAGAGUCGGUUGCAUCAUCAGCAAGUUCUGGUCUCGAGUCUCCAGUUUUGGAUACGGCACAGCACAAAAUCAACCUUGAUGCCAAUGGUAUCAAGUACCUUGAAGAGACCGGUUCUCUCUCACCCGCAAUCUUUACAAAUAAAGAUUGUUUCCAAAUCCAGUAG